GCAGCGCGCUGCGGGAAGAGGCGGGAGCUCGGCUGCCGCGGAGCAGCAGGACCGAGCCCGGGGCCGCAGCCCCACCACGCUUCUGCCCCGCAGCGGCGAGCGGGGGCGGAGAAGAGGGGCCAGGGCCGGGGCCCCCCUACUCCGGACUCCCCCGCCCCCAUCUCCGGCCGCCCUUUUUUUUUUUUUUUUUUUGCGCUUGGGGUGGCCCUGAUUAGGGUGUGCCCGGGCACGCCCGCCACACCCCCUGCGCACGCCUAUGGCGGUGACCGGCGGCUUGGGGAGCCUGCCAUGAAGGUGCCAGUCAGCGUGAUCCGCCUGCCCCGUGGGCCGGAUGGCACAAGCCGCGGCUUUGACCCCAACUCCCCUCGGUACCAGGCUCUGAGCCCCAUCAGCAUCUCCACGGUGGGCUGUGGGAACGAGGCGGAUCUGGAGCGGGAGCAGCAGGGCCGCGUGGCUCUGCGGGAGCGGUACCUGCGCAGCCUGUUUGCCAUGGUUGGCCGCACCAUCCACUUCACAAUGUACGAGAGAGUCAAUGUCUCGGCCUGCUUCGACGCCUCAGACAUAGACAUCUUGAACUUCCAGGUGUCCGACCUGCAGACCCCGCUGGGCGUGCACAGGGAGGCGCUGCUCCGCUGCUCGGACAUCAUCUCCUACACCUUCGAGCUGUGACUGCCACAGGCACCCUGCCCCCCACCUGUCCUGCUUUCUAAUAAAAACACACUCAGGUA